AUGGCUUCUUCGUUCCAAGCAACGCUGCCAUUCUUUUCAAAGGUCGCCAACAGCACCACAAACAGUCACGGUCACAAGCACAGCGCCAGCAAUUUCUCCAAUGCUUCAUUGCCUACCAAUCGACGAACCUCCUUGGCCUCAUUUCACUCCUCGCGCCCAGAAUCGCAAAUGUCACAGGCAUCACCACCUCCUUCGAGGUCCCCUCUACCUCCUCCCGGCCCCGAAGCCGAUCGCAUGUCCGACCCCAAUUCCCGAUCAAAGACGCCUUCGACAGGAAUAUCCUCUCAACAUUCUUCUCUCUCAGCCCCUCGGCGAGCCAACCCUCAUGCUCGACCUUCCAGAAAGCUGCGUUCUCAGUACCCUCGCAGCUCCACCGAAAACCAUGUCGAAUACAUCCUUGUCGCAUCCUUCGAUAUUGAUCGGGGCCCCGUCAUGGAACACCAGUAUCCAGUUGCGAUCACAGGAGACGAGAAUAUGUUGGCUGAACUCAUGUUGCCGGAUCAAGCCCAUGCCCGCAACCAGGACUGGACAAUAUUCUUUCUCCACAAGGACACGAGCGAAGAGGACGAGGAUAAGGAGCGCAAGAAUAAAGAAAGUCGAAAAAAGAGGCGCAUGAGAAGACGUGACAAGGCGGCUGGUGUAAUCAACGAGGAGGAGGGAGAAAAUGACGAGGAUAUACCAGAAGAUGAAUGGGACGAUGAUGAAGAGGAAGACGACGAUGAGUCGAGCGAUAGUGAACCUGAGGGCGGCGAGGGUCCUCCUUUAAUUUAUGUGCUGAAUCUCGUCAACACAAAACGUGACGGGUCGGUCAAGCGAGGUGCCAUUGUCAAGGCCAUGGCUAUCUGCACGAGACAUCCCUUCUUGCAUAUAUACAAGGCAACCUUGGAGGAAUACUUCAAAGCGCCUGUUCCAGAGACAUUGGCCAUGCUAUACGACUCAGUCAACGCCAUGGAUUUGUCCCUCAUGCCUAGACUCAGUCUUCUGGAACGUCACUUAUUACAAGCAAGUGAUAACAGGGAUCUAUUUGUGGAGAAAUUCGAACAAAUGAUUCAAAUGCGGAUAGCUGAAGACCAACGCGAGGCGGCGGCGGAUGCUUCUAUGGAUGCGACAAAAAGUCCGACAAAAAUGACUGGUAUAUCGAGGGCUGGUACAAAGGCCCAUGUUGAGGGUGGCCAUUCGGUUUACUCUGUUCCCCGCGAUACACACGAGUUUGAGAGCAAGGUCAUGUACAAGGGAAUACCAAUCCCUAUCAAAGUCCCUGUUGCUGUCAUGCCGGAAACCGUCGGUGACUUCUCACUCAUUAAACUCAUCCAAAACUUCUCGGACACUCAUCAGAAAUCACCGCAGCCUUUCCCACUACAUCCGCAUCUUACCACCAAUGGAGCAAACACACAUCCCAUCAUAGUGCUGGCAAAUGCGCUGUUGACGCAAAAGAGAAUUAUCUUCAUGGGAUAUAACUUGCCUUCAGGCGACGUCGCUGAAGCUGUCUUAGCCGCGUGUGCGCUGGCCUCGGGCGGCAUACUUCGCGGGUUUACACGACAUGCUUUCCCUUACACCGAUCUGACAAAAGUCGAUGAUUUGCUCAACGUGCCCGGUUUCAUCGCCGGUGUAACAAACCCAACGUUUGAACUCCAUCCCGAAUGGUGGGAUGUCUUGUGCGAUCUGCCGAGUGGAAGGGUCAAGAUCAGCACAAAGAUCGACCCUGCGCCUGUGACAGAAGGUCUGUUGUAUUUCCAGCAGCAGAAUGCAGCCUUUGCAACCAUAGCAAGUGGUACGACAAACACAAGCCAAGACUUGACGGGCGAUAAUGCCUUUAUGGCCGAUGUUCUGAGAAGCAUUGCAGCGAGACACGGCGAACGUGUGAUUCGGGCCAAAUGGAGAGAUUGGGUUGGGAAAUUUACACAGAUCGCGGCAAAGUUUGAGGAAAGCGUGUAUGGAGCUAGUGCCCUGUACAUUGGAGGCGAAGACCAGGACUUGAUGCCGCAAGGUGCCAACGGGCAUGGAUACGUUUGGCCAGAUGAUACAGCAAAGAAUAAGGAGCUUGCUGGUAAUGUGACAAGAAUAGAAGGAUGGCGUAAUACUCGAAGCUACUACAGCUUCAUCCAGGACUUGGCACAGAUCUAUACCAUCAGACCUCUGAAGGGUCUUGAUCUUGCCCAUCUUCAUGACCGUCUACGAAUGCAGCGCUUGACGCCUGCGCAGAGCAGAGAUAUCUAUCUCACGGUUUCUAAACACGUGCACACAUACGAUGAGAUUUGCUUACUCCUCAGCGUCGCCCCUGAAUCGCACGCAGGACUCUUUUAUCUCGGUCUCGGACUAUUCCAUAAAGACCGCGAAGUCCGCCUAAGAACAGCAGAUCUAUUAGAGCGGAUCGCCGACCACGAAGCUGGUCAGCACUGGUGGAGGAGUCUCAGUCGGUUUGAGAAGCUAGCAUAUAUGCGGCUCCGGCGAGAAGUGGAUGCAGAGAUGCAAGCAAAGCUAGAAAGAGAGGGUAUAAGCCCGGAGAUGGAGCGAGUGGUCAGUUAA